AUGAAAAUGAGAAUAAAUUUAAGAAGAAAAAAAGCAAGACCAUCAUAUCCGAUCGUCGAGAUUAGGUCGAGCAAAACCGAAGAUUUAAAUAAAAAUAAAGGGUACAAAUCAAAUGAAAUUUCUACAACAAAAUAUAAUAGAUAUAACUUUUUAUUUAAGAAUUUGUAUGAACAAUUCAGGCGUAUUACCAAUAUUUAUUUCUUAGCAAUUUGUAUUAUUACAUUAAUUCCACAAGUAUCACCAUUAUCACCAGUAACAUCAAUUUUACCAUUAAUUUUUGUAUUGGUAGUUACAGCUAUUAAAGAAGCAUACGAAGAUUUUAAGAGAUUCCAAUCCGAUAAAGACUCUAAUUACAGAGAAUAUAAAGUUUAUAGAGAUGGCGAGUUUAGAAAUAUAAGAAGUAAGGAUAUUGAAGUUGGGGACUAUAUUAAAAUUGAAGAUAAUCAACCAUUCCCAUCAGAUAUUUUAGUUUUAACAUCCACUUUAGAGGAUGGUGUAUGUUAUGUCGAAACCUCACAAUUGGAUGGUGAAACCAACUUAAAAAUGUUUAAAGCUGCCAAAGAAUCAUACAACUUAACAGAAGAGCAAGUUUUAUCACUCAACGCAAACAUUGAGUGCGAACUUCCAAACAAUAAUCUUUAUAAAUUCAAAGGCAAGGUUACCAAUAAUGAUGAUAAUACUACUUUUUCAGUCAAUGAAAAACAAUUAAUGUUAAGAGGUGCAAAAUUAAGAAAUACACCAAGUAUUAUUGGUGUUGUAUUAUAUUGUGGUAAAGACACCAAAUUAAGUUUAAAUCAAAAAAAUCCACCAAGUAAAUUCAGUAAAGUUGAAAAGAGAUUGGGAAAAUCUGUAAUUGGUAUUUUUUGCUUUAAAGUUUUAUUAGUUAUUAUUGCAACCGUUUUGGCUUCAAGAUUCGAAUGGAAAACUGCAAGAGAGUCAUGGUAUAUGUGGAGAGUUAUGGAUGAGGCCGUUGAAGAUACCUUAGGUUUUAUUAUCGUUAAAAACUUUGUUUCAUAUUUCGCAAUUCUUUCAUUUUUAAUUCCAAUGUCAUUAAUGGUAACCCUCGAAGUUGUUAAAAUUUCACAAGCCAAGUUUAUGGAAUGGGAUACAAGAAUGAGUUACAAGGAAAAUAAGGAAUAUGAAAUUGCUUUGAUGAGAGGCGACGAAAAAGAAUUAAAUGAUAAAGAUAAAGACUUGGGUGAUGUAGAAUUAAGCAAUUUAAAAUCAUCAAUGGCUAUGGGAGGAGCAUCUAUUGCACACAAAUAUAUGUCUGUUAAGAAUUCAAAUUUAAAUGACGAAUUAGCACUCAUCAAAUAUAUUUUCAGUGAUAAAACAGGUACUCUUACAGAGAAUAAAAUGUUGUUUUCAAAAUGUUCAAUCAAUGGUGUUAUGUAUGAUGAUGCAUUAAAUGGUCAAUUGGGUAAUUUAAUUCAAUCAGAUAAAUCACCAUCCGAGAACGAAGCCCCAAUUAGAGAAUUCUUAUUAAAUAUGUCACUCUGUCAUGCUGCUGUAUCCGAAGUAAACGACAUGAGCGGUGAUAUCACAUAUCAAAGUCAAAGUCCAGAUGAAAUUGCUCUUUGUGAUUGCGCUAGAAAUAAUCAAUUUACCUAUGUUAACAGAACCACCAAUCAAGUUCAAAUUAGAGUUUUUGCCCAAGAUAAAUAUUAUGACCUUUUAGCAAUUAUGGAAUUUAGUUCAGAUCGUAGAAGAAUGUCUAUCCUAUUAAGAGAUCCAGAGAGUGGUAAAAUCAUACUUUAUUCUAAAGGUGCCGAUUCAAUUAUGAUGGAACGUCUCUCUGAAGAAGAAAAGAAUUCUGAAAUCCUACAAAAAACUAAAGAACAUAUCACAGAUUUCUCAAGAGAGGGUUUACGUACUUUAAUUUUAGCAAAACGUGAAAUAUCUCAAGAAGAAUAUGAUAAUUGGUCCCAACUUUAUCACGAUGCCAGUACUUUAAUUCACGAUCGUGAAGUCGAAAUAGAAAAGUUAAAUGAUCAAAUUGAACGUGGAUUCCAAUUAGUAGGUUGUACUGCUAUUGAAGAUAAACUUCAAGAAGGUGUUCCAGAAGCUAUUGAUUAUCUUCUUAAAGCUGGUAUUAGAAUUUGGAUUAUUACAGGUGAUAAACAAGAAACAGCUAUUAAUAUUGGUUAUUCAUGUAAACUUUUAACACCAGAAAUUCCAAUUGUAAUUAUUAAUGCAACCACAACAGAGGAAUGCCAACGUCAAAUUCAACAAGCAAUUAAAAACUAUAUUACUCCAAUGUCAUCAACUGAAGUUCCACAAGAAAUUUCAAUGGUUAUUGAUGGUGAAACCCUUGUUUUUGUAUUAAAAGAUCAUAGUGAAGACUUUUUAAAGAUUGCUGCCAAGUGUCAUUCAGUAGUUUGUUGUAGAGUUACCCCACUUCAAAAAGCACUUAUUGUUCGUUUAGUUAAAAGAGCUACCAAAGAGAUUUGUUUAUCCAUUGGUGAUGGUGCAAAUGAUGUAUCCAUGAUUCAAGAGGCCCAUAUUGGUGUUGGUAUUCAUGGUAACGAAGGUUCACAAGCCGCUAGAGCAUCCGAUUAUUCAUUAUUAAGAUUUAGACAUUUAGCACGUCUAAUUACAGUCCACGGAAGAUAUUCGAUGGUUCGUAACACAUUAUGUAUCAAAUAUUCUUUCUACAAGAAUAUGGCAUUCUUCCUCUGUCAAUUUUGGUUCUCUAUUUACUCUGGUUGGACAUCAAUGACCCUCUAUGACUCAUGGAUUGUAACAACAUUCAAUAUUUUAAUGACUUCUAUUCCACCAUACUUUAUGGCCCUCUUUGAAAAAGAUGUAAACGAACGUGUUAUUCCUAAAUAUCCAAAAUUAUACAAAGAAGUUCAAAAUUGUCAUCUCUUUUCAUACAGAAGUAUUUUCUCUUGGUUAUUUGGCGCUUUAUAUCACAGUAUAGUCUUCUUUUUUGGACUCUAUUUCUUUUUAAAUGGAGACGAUAUUAUGAAUCACUGGGGUAAAAUUGGUGGUAAAGAACUUGCUGGCUCAUUUGUUUCGACCUUUGGUGUACUCGCUAUCCUCCUCAAAGCAGCGGUCGAAAUGAAGCAUUGGAAUUUUAUUGUUCAUUUGGGUAUUUGGUGCAGUAUGAUUGUAUUUUUAGUCAUUAGUUUAGUCGAUAGUGCCAUUUUAUCUGAAAUUCCAAAUAUGUAUGGGGUUUAUAUGACUGCUUUGGCUUUACUCAAAUUCUAUUGUAUGGUAAUCAUUAUGAUAUUUAUAGCUUUAAUCCCAGAUUUCACCAUAAAAUUCUUAAGAAGACAUUUAUCACCAUCAGCCUCAAAUAUAGCUCAAGAGGAUUAUGUUUUAAAUUAUAAAAAUAAAAAUAAAAAAUUAUUAAUUUAAAAAAAGAAAUAUAUCUUUUUUUAAAAAAAUAUAAAAUAAAAAAAAAGGGCAAAAUAAAAAAAAAAAAAAAAGAAAAAGAUAUUUAUAGAAAAAUUAAAUUAAAAUUUUAUUAUUUAUAGUAUAUUUAAAUUAAU